AUGCACAUGGGCGGCAUGCCCCCAGCUGCAGCAGGCGCAGGUGGCUGGGCUCCAAUCCCGUCUGCUGACUUUGCUCCACCUGGCCCAGCCAUGCAGCUCGAGGGCAUCCGGCCGUUCUCCAUGGGCCCGCCCGUGGCGUAUGGAUCGGGACGGCCAGCGCCGAUCGGACCAGCUGGCUUUGGCGCUGCGCCUGCGCUGCUUGGCCAGCCGCCGCAACAGCAGCAGCAGCAACAGAUGCCUGCCGCGGGUGUCUGGCACAACGCAAUCACAAAGCAGUCUGUGUGGGAGAAGCCGAACGAGCUCAAGACGAUCGAGGAGCGCGUGCUGGCGGAUAUUCCGUGGACGGAGCACCAGAACGACCAGGGCCGACCCUACUACCACAACAAGCAGACCAAGGAGACGACGUGGACGUUGCCUGAGCAGCUCAAGGUCGCACGGGAGCGCAUCGCGCAGCUCAAAGCCGAGGCGGAUGCACGACCUCCUGCCGUUGUCGCCCCGAUGCUGCCUCCAGUCGCUGCCGAUGGGGGUCCCGCGCGUGCAGCUCACGGCGAGAUGGCCCCAAUGACGGGAGUCGAACCGCUGGCGACUGUCGGUGGUGGCCAGGCUCCAAACCUCGCUGCCGCCGCUGGAAGUGCUGCUGGUGGACCAACCUCCUCCGCGUCUGCUGGCGCCCUGCCCUCCCUCGACCCCUCUUUUGGUGCCUCGUCGCUGCCGGAAAUUGUCGUCCCCAUCUCGGAAGAAGCAAGGGCAGAGCUGCGGAAGAUGCGAGAGCGCUUUUCCGCGCCGAACGCCACGGUGGACUCGCUGGGCGUCUCCCCUGCGGAUGCCAAGCGACUCUUCAAGGAAGUCCUGCGCGAGCGAGGAAUUGGCUCGACGUGGACGUGGGAGAAUACGCUCAAGCAGCUGACGACCGAUCCGCUGCUCAAUUUGCUCAAGACUCCCGGCGAACGCAAGCAGGCCUUGAACGAGUACAAGACGGUCCGUGUCAAGGAGGAGAAGGAGGAGAGCUAUCGCCGCCAAAAGCUGGCACGCGCAGAGCUGCGCACCUUCUUUGAAAAGGCCCCACAGAUCUCGUCUCGGCUGCACUGGCAAGACGCGGCAACCCAGUUCCGCGAUCUGCCAGUGUUCCGAGCGGUUGAAGGCGAUUCCUCGCGACGCGAGGCGUUCGAGGCGGCCAUGUCUGUCAUCCGCGACCGCGAGCGUGAGCAAGCCCGCAUCCAGCGCACCGAGUCGCUGGCGCGUGUCAGCAAGAUGUACGCUGAAAUCCCCAACUUUUCCUUCCGCACGCUGUGGGCCGAGGCCUACGAACACUUUCGAACGUUUGAAGACACGCUGCCCGAGAAGGACCCGAUUCGACAACUGCUCAAUCUGGAUCUCUUGCAGUGCUUCCAGGAAGCGAUUGCCGAGCACGAGAAAGAGCAAGAACAGGUGAACCGUGGUCAGCGCGAUGUCAUUCGUCGCGAGCAGCGCAAAAUCCGCGAUGGCUAUCAGGCUUUGCUCGACGAGCUCGAGAACAUUGGCAUCAUUUCGGCCACCUCCAAAUGGAAGGACGUGUAUUCUGCGCUGCGUGUUGAGCCACGGUUUACCGCCGUCUUGCCGUUGUCUGCAGCACCGUUCGCUUUGUCAUCUUGCUCGUCUGCCUUGGAUUUGUUCAAGCUUCAUUUGGAGAAGCUGCAAGUGAAAGCAGAGCAAGAACGCCAGUUGGUCAUUACGACGCUGAAGGUUCACGAGUGCUCAGCCCGCGAUCGGAUUCUAACGUACCACGACGAUGAAAUACUUUUGGUUUUGCAGGAUUUGCGCGUGGAGAUCACCGCCACAUCCAGCUUCCAGGACUUUUUCACACUCGCCGCGUCGGAUCCACGAUUGAAGGCGUUGAGCAGCUCGAACCUCGCCUCUAUUCACUCUCAGUUGGUCGCAAAGGCAAAGGCGGAAACUUCCGAACGAGAGCGCCUCGAUGAACUGCGCCAGCAAAAGCGCGCGAAAGCGUUCAUGAAAAUGCUCCGUGGUGCCAAUCCACCGCUGAGCGCGAGCUCUACCUACGACGAGAUUGUUCAAAGGUUUGGUCAGAAUCCUGCCUUCCUGGUCAUUCCCACGGACGAGCAGCGGCUUGAGCUGAUGGCUCGAACAAUCCACCAGAUUGAAAAUCAAGAGCUCGCGGUCUCGCUCGCGCUCGCGUUCACCCGGCCGUAG